CAUUAUUCUAUGUUCUUAAUUUUGCCUUUCCCCUCCCCUCUCUCUCCAUUUGUAAAAAGUGAGGAGAGCAGGAAGCUUAGCGCCGAAGAUUGCCUGCAAUUUGCUUCGGCUUCUCGGGGGAAACGGAGGGGAUCAGCCUCUCCUCCUCCUUUUACUAGCCUUCUUCAGCUUCUUGCCUUUUUUUCUCUACGUAAAUCUUUCCCUUCUUAGCUAAAUUUCCUGAAUCAAAGGCCCCGAUACCUCUCUGUUGCUUGCCCUUAUUGCUUUCGCUACUCAUAUUUGGCGUUUCGAUCUAUUGGAAGAUUUUGUGUUUAUUCCUUUAUUGAUAUUGUUCUGGUAAUGCUCUGAUCUAUGCGAUUGUUUUGUUCUAUUCAUCAACGUCUCAUUCCUUUCUGGAAGCAAUUGGCGCUUUGGAUGCUUUUUGCAAAUUCUGGUUCAGAAUUCUCUUAUAGGUCUUUAGGUUCCUGUAUGCUUCUUCCAUCCGACGUUUUCUUAUUAUUUCAUGUUUCCUAGCCCUACAAAUUUGGAUUAAAAAGCUUUGCUUUUGCCUGGCAAGCUAAUGGUUUGAUUCUUCUGACUGCUAAGCUUUGGUAUUUUUUUUGUAUCUUUUUUAUCGAGAUACUAAGUCAGUUACCAUCCCGAUGAAUUGGUAACUUCAAUCUAGGUUCUAAUCUCCUGUUAGUGCAAGGCUUUCUUCUUUUGGAUCAGGAGAGUUUCGACGUUUUAGACAGCCAUAAGUAACAAAGGGAAAAGUGCAAGCUUCAAAUGGCAGAACGUAAUCGUGCCUUUUCUAUAGAUGAGCUCCCUGCACAUUUGAUUCUUGAGAUUGUGAGUUCAGAUCGUCUCAGCUCUGCAGAUCUUGCAUCCUUGGAGGCAACUUGCCGAAUUUUCAGGGGAAGCCAUGGGGCUUUUCCUGAUAAAUUCCGUUCUUUGAUUGAAUUUGCUGCAUUUCAUAUCUGUGAAAACCACCUGACGUUUGCUUCUCUGCCUCAACGCGCAAAGAAUGAUCUUGUUGAUCGCAGUGGUGGGAAUUGGAAGAAGGUCCUAAGAUUCUUGCAAUCAGUAGAGCAAUCUUCAGGCACUGCCAAAACGUCAGCAGGCAAUAUGCAAGUAACCACUGGAAGAUAUCAUACGCUCUUGAUUCAUGAUUCUUCAGUUUACUCUUGUGGAUCUAGUUUGUGUGGUGUGCUUGGUCAUGGUCAAGAUAAAACGCAGUGUGUGGCAUUUAGGCGCAUCAAUAUUCCUUCACUCUCACGUGUCAUCCACAUUUCUGCAUCUCAUAACCAUGCUGCUUUUGUCAUGGAGUCAGGAGAGGUUUUCACCUGCGGUGAUAAUUCAUUAUUUUGUUGUGGUCAUGGAGAAGUGCGACGUGCCAUUUACAAGCCUACUUUGGUUGAAGCACUUAGAAGGAUACCAUGCAAGCAGGUUGCCACUGGUCUUAAUUUUACUGUAAUUCUUACGAAGGAAGGCGAUGUAUUCACUUGUGGAAGUAACACCCAUGGACAGCUUGGCCAUGGAGACAAUCUUGACCGUCCCACUCCUACAAAAGUUGAAUCACUUGAGGGUGUUGGCCAUGUUGUUCAGGUUGCUGCUGGUGCAAGUUACAGCUUUGCCUUAACUAAUGAUGGAACUGUUUAUUCUUUUGGUUCAUGCUCCAAUUUCUGCCUCGGCCAUGGUGAUCAACAUGAUGAGCUUCUUCCUAAAGCUAUUAAAUCAUUUAACAGGAAAAAUAUUCAUGUUGUCCGUGUAUCGGCUGGGGAUGAACAUGCGGUGGCACUAGAUUCCAAUGGAUAUGUUUAUACUUGGGGUAGAGGAUAUUGUGGAGCUCUAGGACAUGGAGAUGAGAAUGACAAAACUAGUCCAGAAUUAUUGAACAGCCUAAAAGGCCACCUUGCUGUCCAGGUUUGCGCGAGAAAGAGAAAGACUUUCGUUGUAACAGAUGAAGGCUCUGUUUUUGCCUUUGGAUGGAUGGGCUUUGGUAGUUUGGGCUUCUCUGACCGUGGAUGUUCAGACAAAGUUUUGCAGCCUCGAAUCCUUGAUAAUCUACGGUCUCAUUAUGUCUCCCAAAUCAGCACAGGACUGUAUCACACCGUUGCAGUAACAAAUAAGGGUCUGGUUUUUGGGUUUGGAGAUAAUGAAAGAGCACAACUCGGCCAUGAAUGGUUAAGGGGAUGCCCAAAGCCAACUGAAAUUAUAUUGCAGACAACAAUGGAAGAUAUGGCAAUAGCAACACAAAGUGGAUGAAUUUGAUGAUCAACUAUUGACUCCCAUGAGGUGAGCUUGUUAUAGUUGUAUUAAAACAAUGAAUUUGCAGCUGAAGAAAAUGUCCCGAGUGAUUUUAUUUGUUCAUAUAAUUUGCCUUUUAUCAGGUUAUUUUCUAGUGGGAAAUAUAUAUUUGAAAUGCUUAUAGUCGCUAUACUUAAUUGUAUUCUGAUCAAAGAGCUGAGUAUUUGUUCUAGUCAAGAUGAUUCUAAUGAAUGUGGUUUGCAGAUU